UUUUUCAUCCUCGUGCAAUCUAUUCAAGAAUUAAAAUUACACAACUGCGGUUCGUGCGUAUGUUGAUUUGGAAAUAUAAAUUUUGUCCGAAAUUUAAGUUUAAUCCAACUCCUAUCGGCUACUUAAAGUGUCGGAACAAAUAAACCGUCACAUAUUCCGUCAAGUAGUCCAAUUUAGAAAAACAAAUUUGAUUUCGAGGCUUUCUCUUCGAAAUUUGCAAACCUAGUGUGUUGUGUGUGGUGUUUUUUUUUAAAUAUUUUUUUUUGUGAAGAAAAAAAAGUAAAAAUCGUUCAGUACACCGCAAAUUGACGAACAUUACUUAACAAUACAAUUUUGUUGAUGACAGCGGUAGAGUGAAAUUAGAAUUUAAUUUUCUUUAAAAAAAAAAGCAAAAAAGAAAAUUAGAGCAGGCGACAAUUACAAGUUCUGUUCCAAAUAGUGACUGAUGAACAUCAAAUUCUGGGAAAAAUAACAACAACCACACGGGAAAAAUGAAUAUCGAAGACUAUGAACAACUGGAAACACCGAGUGUUGCUAUCAAUAUGACGGCAGGAGCAUUAGCGGGUAUUUUAGAACAUUGCAUAAUGUAUCCAAUGGAUUCUGUAAAGACACGAAUGCAGAGCCUAUCUCACGCUACAUCUGGUCAAACAAUCGUAUCUACUUUUAACAAUAUGAUAAGAAAAGAAGGAAUAUUUCGACCGAUUCGAGGUGUAACAGCGGUAGUAGCCGGUGCUGGUCCUGCCCAUGCAUUCUAUUUUGCUACAUAUGAAUAUUCAAAAGAAUGGCUAACCAAAUUAUCCCCGCAACACAAUCAAAUGAACUAUAUAAUGUCAGCUGUAACAGCAACAUUAAUUCACGAUGCCAUAUCGAAUCCAACGGAAGUUAUCAAGCAGCGAUUACAAAUGUAUGGAUCACCGUACAAGUCAGUGGUGCAAUGUGCUCGCGGUAUUUAUCAAGUGGAAGGAAUGAAGGCGUUCUAUCGAUCCUAUAUGACACAAUUAGUUAUGAAUUUACCGAAUCAGGCUCUACACUUUUCAACAUAUGAAUUCUUUCAAAAUAUGUUAAAUCACGAACGAAGAUACAAUCCCAUGGUACACGUAGUUGCAGGCGGCGCUGCUGGUGCUGUUGCAUCUGCGGUUACAACACCUUUAGACGUAGUUAAAACGUUACUAAAUACUCAGGAAACAGGAAUCGGCUUAACGAAGGGAAUGAGAGGUGCAAUAUCACAGAUUUAUUCAGUGGCUGGUCCGCUCGGAUUCUUCAGAGGCUUAGUCCCGCGUGUGCUAUAUUCAAUGCCUGCGACAGCCAUAUGCUGGUCAACGUAUGAAUUUUUCAAAUUUUUCCUAUCGCCCAAAAGUCGUGACGACUACCAAUCCACCGUGACCACACCACAAUUGCUGCAACCAAAAGAUGUGAUAGCAGACAAAUUGCGAAUUGACGAAACGAAAUUGGGCCUGCGGUACGUGCUACCGACGACCAGCGUCAGUGCGGCCGACACGGACAUAGCGACAACGAUACGCAGUGGAGACGGAUCGACAUUAGUGCCGCGAGAGUUGCCGUCAAUGUCCGGUGCAGGUAUUUACACAGCGCUCAGCCUAAACACAAUGCACUCGGACACAGCUGCUAGAAAUGGCCGGGGGUACGACAGAGGUUGUAGUACCUAAAAUGAAUUCGUAUCCGGGAAAAAAUGGGGGAAAUUUUUGAAUUUUUUCUUUGGUUUUUAAAUAUUUUAGCUUUAGCGAUUAUACAGAAAUGAGAAACAAAAUUAAACAAAAGAAACGGAAAUUGAAAAACACACGAAAAAAAAAGAAUGUUGGGGAUUGGGGCGGGAACACACCUCAGUGCAUUUUUUUUUUGACUACCUAUCCUCGAAAUUUUCAAUAAAAAAUAUUUUAUGCCUAGUUAGUUACGUUGUUAUUGUUUCGUAGGUAAAACAAAAAUUAAGAAGAAAAAAACAAUUUACUUCACAAUGAAGAAAUGAAGACAAAUUCAAUUAAAAAGAAUGUAGGCUGUGGCGGGCUGUGUCGAUUUGAAUUUCUUUUUUCGUUGUUCACCAUUUUACUAGAAUUUGAUAGUUGGUUUUAAACGCUAUAAUAAAAUGGCAAAUCUGCUACUGCAACUGAUCAAAGUAUCGCCUAGUGUUUGGUGCAAAAUCUUUUACUUCAUUAGAUUUAGCAAACAUUUUGCUAAAUAAAACAUCUAUUAACCGGAGCUCAUCGCUGAUCUUUUAUCGUCGCAGAUAGCGGUUCGAAUCUUUUGCCAGACUAUUUUUUACACUCGAACAAUUUUUCCAAUCCAAAAUGAAUUUGUUUUGUAGAGCUUUGAGCAUAACAAAAAUGAGAUUUUGAGUUUUGCUCAGUACAUUGUUCUCAAUGCAUCGAAAACGUUUCGAUUUUUAAUUUCCUUUUUUGGUAUCCUUGGAUAGCUUGAUUCUUGAUUUAUUGUCAUAGUUCUAGCUUUUCAGUAGAGUUCAAAACUUUUUGGCAAUAGAAAAAGCUCAAAGCUCUCAAAAAAUAAUUUGCGCUGAAAAAUAGUCCUAUUCAAAACAUGUUUAACGAUUUUAAAGAUCAACAUGCUCACAUGCUCAAACAGAAGCAAUGAACCCCGGCCACUGUUCUCUUAAAUAUAGCAAAAUGUCUGUUACAGCUAAUGAAGUACAAGAUUUGGUAUCAAACACUUGGCGAUACUUAAAGGAACCAAAAGAUUUCAUGAUGGUCCAAAUGCCAUUUAUAUUCACCCCUCACACCAACCAUUCAUUCUAAUAUAAGCUGUGUAAAUGUUCUCGCCAUAAAUCUGUGAAGAAAAAUUAAAUUUCAAAUCGACUCCUAUGUCACUGAUGAUGAAAUCAAAAGAAAUUAAACGAAAACAAAAUUAAGGAGGAGAGAGAAUAGAUUUUUUUUGAUAAAAAAAGCGAAAGAAGGAGUCCCAGUGGUUUUUACGUAUUUGAUCUUCAACAUCGACAAAAGAUUUCAUUUUUUGUUGUUGCUUUUAAUUUUGUUCGAUUUGUUGUUUGCAAGCCUUUCCAGUGAAAGAAACUCUUUUUUUUGUUUGUAUAAAUGUUCAUAGAAUGUUGCUGUAGUUUCAAAAACUAAGCAGAUAAUAAAUAAAGAGAAAAGAUAGAAGGAAAACACAGAAAAAAUUAAAAUUAAAAAAAAUUUAUUAAAGUGAAACAUUUGUUGACUCAACCACCACCACAACUAGAAUAUACCACAAACUCGAAAAGAAAAUAAUCGCCAGUUUCACAUCCAAUUACAAAAUGAAACAGAAAACAUAAAAUAAAGGGAAAACAAACAACCGAAAUAUUAUUACAGAAGAAAAAUAAAAAUAAAAAAAAAAGAAAAACUUUGUUAUUCAAUAUUGAUUGUUACAGUUAUGAAUUUAGUAUUAAAAUGUAAUGAAGAAACACAAUUAUUUAAACAGCUACAAUAAAAGAAAAAACUUAGUCGUCCAUCCUUACAACAAGGUGUACGAUUAUUCUUUAUAUGAA